AUGAUCUCUCCAAAAUACGCUUCCACCCAUUAUUAUCACAGUGCCAAAGCUUUGGCAAAGCACGCGACUUUCCCCAAUGUAGUCAACCUUUAUUUGGACUACAAUUGUGUUUUUAGUGCCAGAAUCUUCGGCAAGAUUCUCCAGGUGGUUCCAGAGCUUGAAAAAAAGCACCCAGGCCAGUUUCAAUUUGUCUUUGUCGAUGUUAUCCAACCAUGGCACCCAAACUCUGUUUUGCUCCAUGAAUAUGCUUUGGUAGUGGCGCAAUUGUUAAAAGAAUCGGCCGAAGAGCCUAACAAGUCGUUUUGGGCCGUAUCUGGAACUCUAUUCAAGAACAUUGAGCAGUUUUACGACUCGGAAACUGUCACCUUGGGCAGAAACGAUAUCUAUAAGGCUAUCAAUGACCUUGUGUACUCGGAAAACGACCUUCCUUUUGCAAAAGAAAAGGUCUUGGAGAGGUUGCAAAUUCAGGUGCCAACAGAUACGACAGAGAAGUCAAAACAAUCCAGACACACCGGUAAUGGGGCUACUGUGGAUGUCAAGUAUUUUACCAAGUACUUGCGUGGUGUGGGUGUACAUGUGACUCCAACGGUUAGUGUCAAUGGAAUAGUCGACAACUCUAUUUCGAGCGGAAACUCUGUGGAGGAAUUGAUCAAAACUUUUGAAGGUUACUUGUGA